CAGUGGAUCCCCUGCAUUUGCCUCCAACCCCUCCCAGCAGCCAUGGCAGUGACUCUGAAGGAGGGCAGAGCCCGGCUAGAUCGCUCCCUCCUUCAAGCCCAAUCCAACUACAAGCCACAACAAAAGUGACAUCACGCACAGCUUCAGCACUCUCAAAUUCCCCUCUCCUGACUGCACCACAUAAAUUACAGGGGACUGGCCCACUCAUCCUGACAGAGGAGGAGAAGAGAACGCUGAUAGCAGAGGGGUACCCAAUCCCUACCAAACUCCCCCUGACAAAAGCAGAGGAGAAAGUGCUGAAGAAAAUUCGCAGGAAAAUAAAGAACAAGAUCUCUGCCCAGGAAAGUAGAAGAAAAAAGAAAGAAUACAUGGACAGCCUGGAAAAAAAAGUUGAGACUUGUUCAAAUGAAAAUAGUGAGCUGCGUAAGAAGGUUGAAGUCCUGGAGAAUACUAACAGAACACUUCUGCAGCAGUUGCAGAGACUCCAAGCCAUGGUUGCUGGGAAAGUGUCCCGUUCAUGUAAAGCGGCUAGCACACAGACAGGGACCUGUCUCAUGAUGGUGGUGCUGUGCUUUGCCGUAGUUUUUGGCAGCUUCUCUCAGAGCUAUGGGCCAUAUCCUUCUGCUACAAAGAUGGUGUUACCCAGGCAGCAUUCCUCGCCAGAGUCCUACACAGACUCCAUUGUGAGGUCAAGGAGUCUGCUAAUUUAUGAAGAGCCUCACCAACUGGAGGAGUCGUCAAGCCCAAUCUCCUUUGCGGAUCGCAAUGACAGGCAAGCAGACACCUCCAAGUACACAGCGCUGUCCCUGGAAGCCGUGCCAGGGACACAGGAUGAUAUCAUGCAGUUCACAAUAGCCAACGAGACGAGGCUAGAGAAGUCAGUGCUGCUGGGCCUGCAGCAACACAGAGUCAACUCCGAACUAGAAGGAAAUGAAACACUGAAGAUAAUUGAAAUAGAUAGAAGAGUCAAUGCCACCUCUUAAAAAUAAAAAAGGCCCUUUUUUUCUUGACUUCCCUCUUUCCCACAUAUUUUCAACCAAAGUCCCCCUGACUUGUCAUCCUCAGUGAACCAAAGCACAAAAGAGAGGGAAUUCAACUUCUACAUUGACUGGGAGGCUGUGGUUACAGAUGCGAUCUCUUGUCUUUGUAACUCCCUUCCUCAGUUCACACAAAGUCCCUGUCUUUGCUUUUAUUCCAUUCCUGUCUAAUACUGCAAGGACAGGAUUGAAUUAUGAUGGCAGAUCAUGCCAGCAGUGUGCCAGUGACUGGUGGGUGUGUGUGUGCGUGCAGGCACGCAUCGUAAUCUGAGCACAAAGACAUUCUGUAGAAGAGUGAAAUACGCAAAACUGAUGGGAGCAUGUGGG